GGGUAGGAAGUCUGUGAUGUAGCUAUGAUACCAUGAACAAUCUAGGAUCUUUCUGGUUUUCAGAUUCACUUGCAUGCUCAAAUUUGUCACCUCAUGUUCUCAAAAUAGCUGCUCAAACUCCACCAUCACAUCCAAGUUUCAGGUAGAAGGAACCAGGUGGGAAGAACAAGGCAGGAAGGGCAAAAUACAGUGUGCAGACUGAGACUCCAUUCCUUAAAGAGCUUUCUGGGAUGCCUCUCCAGUAAUUUCUGCUCACACCUCACCAGCCAAUACUGUAUCACAUGGCUACCCACCGGUGGGAGAACUUAGCUGCAUCAGCACCAUGAACAAAACCUGGGUUCUGUUAACAGGAAGAAGAGGAGAUUAGAUAUUGGAUAGGCAGCCAGCAGUUCUUGCAAUAGUGAUAUAAGGAACAACAAAAAACAAUACCUUCAUUUUUAUAUCGCAUUCAUAUCCACUAAUAAAUUUUAUCCUCUCAAAAUGCAAAGGGGUGAAAGGGAAGGCAUUCUUAUUUUUUUUUGCAGACUUUGAAAAGUGCCCCGACAAGUCCAAGAUGAUCAGAAAUAUAAUCCAGCCCACUCCAGAGCCCACGGGCUUUAUUACACACAGUGCUGUUUGUGAGUUAUGACCUACCCAGCAGAGCAGGUCUCGGGACUUGGUGAAACCCCAUAUCCUGGAAAAGACUGUAGCAAGCCAUGUCCCUGAUGGUGCAGGAGGAAAAGAAAGGACAAGAAAAGGAUAACAGAGCCUCUUGAGACAGGUGCUGAGCUGCCAGCUGGGCUCAUUCACUACUAUUAGUAAUUAUUAUUAACAGUACUUAUAACAAUAGCUAACACUAAUUGAGCCCUUUGUUCUUUAUAGGCAUUACCUUAUUCUACCAUCAUAACAAUACUAUGAGUUAAGCCCUAUUAUUAGUGUUUUUCUUUAGAGGAGGAAAUGGAGGCUCAGAGAGGUUAAACAACAUGCUCGGUGUCACACAGUGAGGAUGUGGUAGAGUUCAGGCUCAGACUCAAGCCUGUCUGACUCCAGCAUCUACAUACCAAACCCAACUUGAUCAUUUUACUGCCCUUCACCAGCUCUGAUUCACUAUUGCCUACCGGACUUAAAUGGAAUUCAAAUUAGGGCCUCAACAAAAUUAAUACAUGUCAUGCUUUAUCAAGGUUGCUCGUCUUGGAUUGAAACUGUAGAAGAUACAUCAGCACAUUCUAAGGAUCUACUGUUUUUAAUUUGUUUUAGACCCACCUCAGGUAAAUGCAGGUCUCUGUUGCCAAAUUCCUGCUUCCCACACAGUUGAUUGCAGCUGGUUCCAUCCCGUAGAUUUUGCCCUGGUCUUCUUCCAACCAAGUGUAGUUUGCUGUGAUUGCUUGGUUGUCAGUAAUGACACUAUCCCUUUGAGCCAUUUCUAUUGAGAUUCAGGUCUUGAGUUGGCAGGAUGGACUUGAAUCUUCUUGAAUGUAGAGUAGGAGAGGACUCCUGGGGGCUUCGGUGGCCCCCCAGAGCUCAGGGCCGCAGAGAAGUCCUGUUGUUAAGUUAGAUAGUACAGUCUAGACUCACAGGUCUUGAGGCUGGAGAGGUGAUGUGGUCCAGCCUCUGCUGGACCGAGCAGAUCAGGCACUACUAUCAGCUCCGUUUCACAGAGGAGAUGACUGAGGCUCCAGAGCUUACAGGAAAUGCACAGGGUCCUGCAGCCAGCGUCAGCGCUUAUUUCAGUCACUUGGGGUGACGGGGGAAUGGAGCGCCUUUUCUCCUCACAGAACAGAAGCCUAUACAUUGUUUGGACAGAACUUUAUAUUUAUUGCAGCUCUUUGUUUUCUUCAAGGAGAAUACUUUUUAAAAAUCAGGAAGGAAGCCAUCGCUUCUCUUACAUCUGCUAGUGCAGUCAGGAUAGCGACAGGUACAUGACCUUAAAUGCACGUUCUAAAUGUACACUUAGCGGUGGAGCUAGUUCACCCAUCAUACUUCUGUGUCGCAAUAUCUGGAGGCUCGCUCCGAGCUCAGAUCUCCAGCCUGUGUUCCCAAGGUGCUAAUCCCUUACGGUGCCCUGCUCUGGCAAGCUGGAGGACCACUUGGGUUAUUUGCUCAUUCACAAAUAUGCCAUGCUCCUGCCUUCUCCCAGCACAGUUUAGCUUCCAGCCCAUCUGCUCCCAGCCAGUGAUGUAAACGUACCAGCUGCUUCUCAAGAACCAGUCGGCAUCCUGCAGGAGGGGCAGGGCCCUUUCGGGCAUCGGCCUGCUUGCUCUCAGCCUAAGCUCUCUCCCCAACCCUGGUGGGUCCCUCCGUUCUGCUGUUUCCCCAUCGGAGAGUCAGAGGGUGCAGUCCUCCUAUAAGCCACUGAUUUAUUUAUCAGUGUGGCUGGAUUGAAGGGCUGUAAGUCAGAAUCCUUAUGAUUGGACUGUGGGGACAUGGCGAGGUUUGUUUGAAGGGGCCGGGCCGGGCCCCGCAGCCGACAGAGACGGUGGCCGGGAGGAAAGCAGCACGCUGCCCGGACAAUGAAGGCGCUUCUGUUGUUGGUCCUGCCCUGGCUCAGCCCUGCCAACUACAUUGACAAUGUGGGCAGCCUGCACUUCCUGUGCUCGGAACUCUGUAAAGGUGCCUCGCACUAUGGCCUGGCCAAAGACAGGAAGAGGCGCUCUCAAGAUGGCCAUCCAGACAGCUGCGCGAGCCUCCCAGCAACAACACUCUUCCCUGAGGUUUCUGCAGCUGCCACCAUCGCCUUAAUGACCGACGAGCCUGGCCUGGACAACCCUGCCUACGUGUCCACGGCAGAGGAUGGUCAGCCAGCAAACAGUCCGUCGGACUGUGGCCGGAGCAACCGAACCAGGGCACGGCCCUUUGAGCGAUCCUCUGUUAGAAGCAGGUCGUUUAAGAAGUUAAAUCGAGCUCUGAGUGUUCUUCGAAGGGCAAAGAGUGGAGCUGCAGUUGCCAACCAAGCUGACCAGGGCAGAGGAAACUCUGAAAGCACCCCUUUCCCUGAAGUCUUUCCAAGGUUGUAUCACCUGAUUCCAGAUGGCGAAAUUACCAGCAUCAAGAUUAACCGAGUGGACCCCAAUGAAAGCCUCUCCAUUAGGCUUGUGGGAGGCAGCGAAACCCCGCUGGUCCACAUCAUCAUCCAACACAUCUAUCGUGAUGGGGUGAUCGCCAGAGACGGCCGGCUACUGCCCGGCGACAUCAUUCUAAAGGUCAACGGCAUGGACAUCAGCAACGUACGUCACAACUACGCCCUGCGCCUCCUGCGGCAGCCCUGCCGGGUGCUGUGGCUGACUGUGCUGCGCGAGCAGAAGUUCCGAAGCAGGAACAACGGGCAGGCGCUGGACACCUGUGGGCCCCGGGAUGACAGUUUCCACGUGAUUCUCAACAAAAGCAGCCCUGAGGAGCAGCUUGGCAUAAAACUGGUGCGCAAGGUGGAUGAACCUGGGGUAUUCAUUUUCAACGUGUUGGAUGGUGGUGUGGCGGACCGACACGGUCAGCUGGAGGAGAACGAUCGUGUGUUAGCCAUCAACGGACAUGACCUUAGAUACGGCAGCCCAGAAAGUGCAGCUCAUCUGAUCCAGGCCAGUGACCGGCGCAUUCACCUCGUGGUGUCCCGCCAGGUCCGUCAGCAGAGCCCUGACAUCUUUCAGGAAGCCGGCUGGAGCAGCAACGGCAGCCAGUCCCCAGGGCCCGAGGACAGGAGCCACACUCCCAAGCCCCUCCAUCCCGCGGUUACUUGUCACGAGAAGAUGGUUACUGUCCGAAAAGACCCCAGUGAAUCUCUCGGCAUGACCGUUGCAGGGGGAGCGUCCCACAGGGAGUGGGACUUGCCGAUCUACGUCAUCAGUGUUGAGCCCGGAGGAGUCAUAAGCAGAGACGGAAGAAUAAAAACAGGUGACAUUUUAUUGAAUGUGAAUGGAAUAGAACUAACAGAGGUCAGCCGGAGCAAGGCCGUUGCACUACUGAAAAGCACGUCCUCCUCGGUGGUUCUUAAAGUCUUGGAAGUCAAACAAUGUGAGCCCCAGGAAGACUGCGGCAGCCCAGCAGCCCUGGACGCCAACCACAACACAGCCCCGGACACCAACCACAACACAGCCCCAGCUGGUGACUGGUCCCCGUCCUGGGUCAUGUGGCUGGAAUUACCAGGGUACCUGUAUAACUGUAAAGAUGUCAUACUACGAAGAAACACAGCUGGAAGUCUGGGCUUCUGCAUUGUCGGAGGUUAUGAAGAAUACAAUGGGAACAAACCUUUUUUUAUCAAAUCCAUUGUUGAAGGAACACCAGCAUACAAUGAUGGAAGAAUUAGAUGUGGCGACAUUCUUCUGGCUGUGAACGGCAGAAGCACGUCAGGAAUGAUGCAUGCCUGCUUGGCGAGGAUGCUCAAAGAACUUAAAGGAAAGAUCACUCUGACCAUUGUUUCUUGGCCUGGCACUUUUUUAUAGAAUGAUGGGUCACAGAAAAACAGAAAAUCACAAUUAAGUUUAAACAAUGUAUUUAUCUUGUCAUUUUUUUGUAUUUAAAGAAUACACUGAAAAAAUGUGAACUUUAAUGUCAGCAAAAAUAUGAUGUAAUGGAAGCCAAUUACACCUCAAAAUAUAAUUCUCCAAACAUAACAUUACUAAUAGUUUUUAUUCAGUGUGGAGGAUUUUGCAUCACUAAACUUUAUAUUUUUCUAUUUAAUAAAAAGCUCUUAAACAGAUGAAAUGAUUUGUAUGCCCCCGAUGAAUUCAAAUCAUAUAACCAAAUUAAAAAUCUGGUAUAUGCUGAGGUCUGCAAGGGUACAGUCUAGGUGUUUUAAAAUAAUUUACACCCAGAGCAUUUUAAAAGUUCAUUGCCAAAAAAUGUUCCUUUCAUCAAAUGAGAAAUAAAUAUUUUUUAAAAAUUAUAGGUGUCUUUAAGUAUGUGACACUAAAUUCAUUUGUUACCACUGUCUAAAAGAUCCUAGUAAUUCUUUCAAAACCAUGUCGUUACCAUCACUGACAUGACAAAUACUUUCUAAGUGUUAACCCCUGAAAAUGCUCACAGAAUUAUACACUUGCUUUUUCUUAAAUUUAAUAGGAAAUAACUAAAGCUCUUAUCACUUUAGUCACAAUAUAGUUAGUAACUGUAUAAAAAAUCUUCAGGCUGCUCAACCAAGGAGCCUUGGGAAAAGCAUCAAGAAAGGUCAAACCAGCUGGACCCUGGCUCAUACAGAUGGCCACAAGGGAAUUCGAUUUGUGUCAGUGAUGCGUGUCCCUGCGCCUGCUAGAAAUGACACUUAGGAUAAGUUAUUUCACAGAGGUCACCCAAAGACCCCUAGAUUUUAUUAUUUUGGAUAUAAAAGUUCCCCAUUUAAUUUUGCCACGAACCCAGAUUUAGAACACUGAAUACUUGCUAUCAGAAAGUUACGAUGUCAAGGCUGCAUGAGUUCUGUAAUACGCUAAGCAUCAGUGCCACAGCAGCAAUGAUAAAAGACUAGUUUUAGUCUCAAGACGCAGGAGGUGCCCUUGGAUGCCUUUGCGGUGAAACCUCUUGAGAGACUAGUAUUUGAUUAACUCAAGAACACUAUGGCCAAGGUGGAACCUUGACUUUUAUCAGGUACUGGUAUAUACACAGCUAAACACAGCUCUUUAAAUUCCCUGCUGAGUGAGUCAUUCACAUUACCUUCUUGGAUAUAAAGUCACUGCUGUAUUAUUUUUUAAAUAUUACAAAACAAAGAUUUUUAACUUAACAUGAAAAAUUCACUCUUUUAUUUUGGAAAAAGUUUUUAUACUAACAGAAGAUUAAAGGUAAAUUUCUUAAACAUUAUCCAGAAAAAUAAACAAGAUUUGUAGUAUCUAUUUCUGGCACUAAUAUUCACAAAAGGCUAUAUACCAGGCCUAUUCUGCAGGUGCAGCUUCGGUGCUCUCCUGUUCAGGAGCAGGCUCGCUGCCCGCUUCUUUUCCUUCUUUGCUUCUUUUAGAUUUUUUGUGCUUGUGUCUCCUGUGACUGUCUCCUUCUUCACUUUCAUGGCGACGUCUACUAUUACUGAAAAAGACAUAAGGUCUGUUCUUAAAAAUGUUUAGGUACACAAGUGGUGACAAAAAUCAAUUCACUUUGUCUAGGUAAAACCUCAAUGUGGGUAUUAAAAAAUUUAAAACAUUAUUUAUCUCAAAACACAUUUUAGGGAGUAGUUUUUUGUAACUUUUAUGCUGAGAUUGUAUUUACUUUAUAGGCUCAUCUUUGCCAAUGUUAUUUCCAGGGCCCAUAUAUUUUACUUUGAAAGACAAAUUACAAAUGAGAAGCUGAAGCACUAAAGUAAGAAAUACUUUCUAGGGUUCACUUUAGCCAAAUAAUAGGCAUUAUUAUUUAAUGCCCUGAAUUUUGUUUAAUUAAACUGCUUUAAUAAUAUUUACUAUUAAAGACUGGCUCAUAUGCCAAAUUCCCUCCUCCCAACAAGAUAAUGUAGAAAGCCUCAUUUUCUCAUAUAUUACUUUACAUUCCAUGCUCCUUUUGGAUUACUGGUAUUAAAUACAGUCUGGUCAGAUUUAAAAAUCUGUGUUGAAACCUAUAAGGAAUCAACUUUUUAAACAUUAUUCUUAAUCUUCUAAUUAGGAAUACAUAUGUUCGACUGGUUAUUGGGAAAUCUUUGCUUUUACUUCCUGAAGUCAAAUCAAUUUCUCUGUCAGCUU